AUGGAACAGAGUAACGCUAAACUCACUGCCACAUUGCAACAGAGUAACGCUAAACUCAUUGUCACCAUGGAACAGAGUAACGCUAAACUCAAUGCCACCAUGGAACAGAGUAAUGCUAAACUCACUGCCACAUGGCAACAGAGUAACGCUAAACUCACUGCCACCAUGGAACAGAGUAACGCUAAACUCACUGCCACAUUGCAACAGAGUAACGCUAAACUCACUGCCACCGUGGAACAGAGUAACGCUAAACUCACUGCCACAUUGCAACAGAGUAACGCUAAACUCACUGCCACCGUGGAACAGAAUAACGCUAAACUCACUGCCACCAUGGAACAGAGUAACGCUAAACUCACUGCCACAUUGCAACAGAGUAACGCUAAACUCACUGCCACCAUGGAACAGAGUAACGCUAAACUCACUGCCACCAUGGAACAGAGUAACGCUAAACUCACUGCCACAUUGCAACAGAGUAACGCUAAACUCACUGUCACCAUGGAACAGAGUAACGCUAAACUCACUGCGACCGUGCAACAGAGUAACGCUAAACUCACUGCCACCAUGGAACAGAGUAACGCUAAACUCACUGCCACAUUGCAACAGAGUAACGCUAAACUCACUGCCACCAUGGAACAGAGUAACGCUAAACUCACUGCCACCGUGCAACAGAGUAACGCUAAACUCACUGCCACCAUGCAACAGAGUAACGCUAAACUCACUGCCACAUUGCAACAAAGUAACGCUAAACUCACUGCCACCGUGGAACAGAAUAACGCUAAUCUCGCUGCCACCAUGGAACAGAGUAACGCUAAACUCACUGCCACCAUGCAACAGAGUAACGCUAAACUCACUGCCACCCUGGAACAGAGUAACGCUAAACUCACUGCCACAUUGCAACAGAGUAACGCUAAACUCACUGCCACCAUGGAACAGAGUAACGCUAAACUCACUGCCACCAUGGAACAGAGUAACGCUAAACUCACUGCCACAUUGCAACAGAGUAACGCUAAACUCACUGUCACCAUGGAACAGAGUAACGCUAAACUCACUGCCACAUUGCAACAGAGUAACGCUAAACUCACUGCCACCAUGGAACAGAGUAACGCUAAACUCACUGCCACAUUGCAACAGAGUAACGCUAAACUCACUGCCACCGUGGAACAGAAUAACGCUAAACUCACUGCCACCAUGGAACAGAGUAACGCUAAACUCACUGCCACCAUGGAACAGAGUAAUGCUAAACUCACUGCCACCAUGGAACAGAGUAACGCUAAACUCACUGCCACCAUGGAACAGAGUAACGCUAAACUCACUGCCACAUUGCAACAGAGUAACGCUAAACUCACUGCCAACAUGGAACAGAGUAACGCUAAACUCACUGCCACCAUGGAACAGAGCAACGCUAAACUCACUGCCACCAUGGAACAGAGCAACCUUAUAUUCACUUCUUUCCAAUCCAGAACAAGGCUAUGUCUCCUGCUGUAUUGGAACAGAACACCCAUAAACGCCUUGCCCAAAAAGAGAGCAACACCAAACUCAUGGCUGCCAUGA